CAGAAACCACAGACCGAUGUGUAUUACCGAGGCAUGAACGUAGGAAACCGGGAUCAAGAAUCGUCUGGCUUUUGGUGGACUAUUUACAGAGUCGGACGCUUCUGUUUAUAAUGUGCAUGUAUUGCCCAGGUAAUACCAGACUUCUUAGCAUGAUUCACAGCGAAGCUUGGUCUCUUCUUCCGCAUUAACUAGUACCACUGCACCAAUAUCACAAGUAUUGGCUUCAGUCACCAAUUCAACCCACAGAAUCACUGUGCUAGAGGUGUCCGCCCAGGAGAGGGCAUCACUAGGAGAUACCAGAGUUCACAGCCACACUACCCGAAGGCCAAUGUGGUGAGCUCCGAAACGACACCGGGACACCAGCAUUACAGUUACGAUGAGACAGAAGGCUGGGACUGCACACAGCAGUCAACCACCGACAACACCGCCAUUCCAGUACCUGGAUGAGCUACGGCAACCCCGCUGCAAGGAUGGACGUGAUCAGUUUGAUGAGUAUGUCCGACAAGGCAUGAUAGACAGUGCUGAAGAAGGUAAACUCCUUCAUGCAAGGUGGCUAGACGCCAGGAAGAACCAGACUGAUGAAGCUGAUGAAGUUGAUUAUUUUCCCGAUAGAAAGUAUCCUAUUGCUGACGUGAAUAGAGAUCUGAAAGAGAUCUCCGAGUAUGGUAUGACUGUGGAGCAGCUGGGGAAAGCUCCCAAGUAUGCUCCUCUGUUGGCCUACAAAGCCCGUCGGGAAGCAGAGAUAUCCGCAGCGCAAGAAGAGGAACAGGCAAAACAAGAUCAACGUAGGUGGCAGGACAGGUUGACUCAGCGCCCGGACUAUCCAGAACAUGUCCAGGACUGUGCACGGCUAACACAGGAGGUAUGUGAUGCCUACCUGGAGAACCGCCGCCGCCACAGCAUCAAGCACUCCAACAGUGAGCCUGUGAAUCAAGACGACGUCAACGCUAAGCCUAUGCCACAUCUCUUUUCGCAUGAGGAGUGGACGGAAAUCGAGCCGCGGAUGCAAGAAGAGGCAGUAGCAGCGGCUGCAGCACGUAAGGCAAGCACAAAACAGCAGAGUAUACUUCCGCCGCCACGUUCACCACUCAAGUCAUCUUCAACGCCGUUAGUAGCGGCAGCAGCAGCAGUAGUUGCAACUCCACCGGCCCCACGCCGGUAUCCACCCGCCUUGCCCGGCUCUACAGCAUGGAAACGAUUACCGGUAGUUGUGUGCAAAAUACCCGACUGUCUCUUCAGACAUGAGAAUCAGGAGAAAAGAAAGGAAGAAAUCCAGCGUCGCCAAGAGGCCAAGGAGGAGGCACUCAAGCAGCUUGAAGCCUAUGCAGAAGAAACCGAAGCUGCAUUCAAACAAGUAGCGUUAACAGACGCCGCAAAGGUUUCUAAACAAGAGGAAACCACCGAUACAUUGAAGAGUCCACGACCUUCUGCAGCGAAAAAGAAAACCACCACCGCACUGUGCCAGCAUGGAAAACUAGGUACAAAACCUCACGCUCGCGCUCAGUUGCCUCCCGUACAACCAGAGCGUUACACCUACCUUGAGCGAUUCGAAAUGCAUGGGAAGUCUUUGCUGCGACCAAAACCUGCGGUGGAUAAGAGACUAGUAGCGGAACUGCUGAGACCGUUCAAGCCGCCGUGGAAAUUUGUACUCGCCCUUUCCAAGAAACCUGACCUCUAUCCCAGAGUGAAGAAAGUAAUCGAGGAAGUGUUUGUGGACGAGACGCAGACAUGUCCGUUUGGGCGAGUCAUUCGCGACCAAUGGCUACGUGACAAGCUUGUACAAGAGCAGUUAAAACUGCAGUCCAUCUUGGACCUAAAGCAAGCCAUGAAGACUGAGCUGAAGGAGUUCUACCCCGCCACUCAGAAGGAGGCCGACCGUCAACGGCGGCAGAACGACCAGGAACGAUUUGACGACCUCCAGUUCUGGAAACGCAUUAUACACUUGCGCGACAAGGCCUAUUUCCAAGAGCUGAGCACGCACGUGGAUGUACUGCGUAACCGCUGUCAGCAAAUAGUUCGUGAUCUUGUGCCGCCGAAGAUCCCGGACAAAGUCAAGGCUCGCUAUCUGGAUAUACCGGAGUAUGUACCUGAGAGACCAUCGUUAGAAGCACGGCAUAUGCCCAUGGUGGGUGAGUCCUUUGAUGUCAUGAGAGCCCGCAAACAGUUUAAAAGGCACAAAUGGGAACUUUGAUGGGAAAAUGUUGGCUGAGAAGCAGAAAUAGUGACACCAACAUUGUGGUGAGAUGACGUGCUCGCAUCUCCAAGUAUGAUGAGUGACAGUUUUGAGCACGUCGGGCUGAUUCAGAGGAAAUCGAUUGAGUGAAACGGAAAGCAAAGCAGCCCGGCAGCAAGUCCUCCGCGAUCAUUACCAUGGCCGGCCUGCCAGCACCUGUACACACGUGUAUAGGGACAGCUUGUUCUGCUUGAUUGCAAGUAGUCACCAUGCAGGCUCCUGUUGUGUGAGCGUGUUAUCGUCCCAUGAUCACGGAGGUGAUUGCCGGCUCAGACACUACAAAAGUUACAGUAUUGGUAACUGGUCAUUUUAAAGUUGAACAUAUGCAUACGGUCCGUACAAACAUAUGCAUACGGUCCGUACAAACAAAUGCAUACGGUCCGUACAAACAUAUGCAUACGGUCCGUACAAACAUAUGCAUACGGUCCGUACAAACAUAUGCAAAACUUGAGGUCCCUACAGUCUCCACAGUCUCCUUC